GCUGCGGGUUGUGAUCGAACGCCCAGCCGAUUGACGCGAACUCUUCCACGGGUGUUGGCUCUCCACUCUGUUGGCGUAGGUAAAUGAUCAACUGGAAACGCUUUACUGGAGUGCCAAGGAGGGCUCGACAUCGACAAGAUGGCUGGGGACCGCGGACCUGGUGGUGCCGGCUCUUUGGUCAAGCGCCUCCUUGCUCUUGGUGUCAUGGUGGCCCACUAUUGGGGAACAACCCAAGAAACGACCUGGAACGAGUGCAGGACCACGUGAGCUGUCCGGCAGGUCAAGCAUGUCUGAUGGCCAACAUCACCAGUGACUGUAACAUCUACGUCUGUUACACAUGCCUGGCACAAACUCUUCACGUCCGAAUGGCCCAAGCUACUCAGAGGACUGUGGUGUCAUGGACAAUCAAGUUUCCAAAUCUCCCAACAUGUCAUCGACGACGUCGAGAGUGGUAUGACACGCUGCUUGGAGGGACUGGAACGGUGUUGGGGGUGUCCAACACCAUCGACGGGGAGGUCACGCGUACAGUGCUGUCGACCACUGGACAGUAUACAUCACGGGCGUUACACCAAGUUGGGGAGUGGUUACCUAACGGGAUAGGUACACAAUUGAGUAAUGUCAAUUUAUGGACGCAUCAGUACAAUUGGCAAUUGACUAUGUUUAACAAAACUUAUCGCUCCUUAAUGAAUCUGACCCAAAUUGCCAAUUGGACUGCUUGCAAUAUGCAAAUGUUACAUGCACGCAUUCAGAAGGAAAGGUUUAUAACUGGAGUUUAUACAGGGAAUUAUCAUCAGUGGAGAAAUACUUGGAAUAUUAGUCAGAAACUAUGGCUCCAACUAUUUCCGGAACAAACUGUUUGCAAUAACACCCAAUGCAAAGGUUAUUGGUAUCAAUACAAUGUAACUCAAGUGAAAACUGUAUGCCGAUAUGAAGUACUUCCGGUAAUAUCAAUACAUGGAUAUCAUUAUCUGCAUGUGAGUGGAGAGUGGUUUGAAGCCGCAACAAAUACGACUUAUGACACUGAUUUAUGUGAUAAAACUGAUCAAGGGAUGGUAUGUACUUUACAGAUGGGUCACGCUAAUCUAUGUUUGAGUGAUAGUCAGGUAACAUUAUGUGAUUGGAGUGUUGAGACACCACGAGACAUGCUAUGGCAGGUAGGGCCACAAUACCUAUGCGUAGCUACCAUGAGACAACACCCACAGUUACCUUCAGCUCCAUUCGUUGGCUGUCUUAAUGAUGUACACCUGUGGCAUUGGAAUAAUCAAACGUACUAUCUCACCAAUUACUCCCAGGAGUCCAGAUUGUCAGCGGUGCAGUGGGAGGUUUUGCGCCACCCCUGGACUGUGUCUCUGGACCGGUUCAAAUGCGCAUUGGACCGGUCCACAGAAUUGAAGGAUCUGAUACAAAGACAUAGGUACAAUGUCACGCGGUUGUGGGUGUCCACAUUAAUAGCUGGGGAUGAAGUGAAACAUGUAGCGAGGCUAGUGCAGCAGAGUUCCGCCCAUCAUUGGUGGGAUAUUUUAUCUGGAAUGUCUGUAACUGCCAGGAAAACCAUACUGCCACCCUUGUUUAUUUUGGCAGGAUGCUUAAUUAUAUUAACCUUAUGUAACGUAUUCACUUGCUUGUAUGUUAGACGAGCUAAAAGACAGCUUGAGAGAAUAAUUUUUAAUCAGUGGUAGUAGUAUGCGAAUUGCUGUGUGAAAGCGAUGCCCCUUUUGGGCUUACCAAAAUUGAGGUAAUUGUGGAAAGCGGGGGACCGGAUAUUUAUGUUUGGAAUUUUCAUGUUGCGGGGAAUAUGAUGCUGGGGUGAAUUUGUCUGUGACACACGGGCGGAUUUACUUGAGAAGGUGCAACACGAUCUGGUUAAUUGGAAUAAUUGGGAGGGGAACAUGAUGAAUAAUGAAGAUUUUAUGAAUUGAGGAAAAUGAUGUUCAGAACAUCAAGAGUGGAAUGUGAAAGGGUGAUGGGUUUGUGUUGUUCUGAACAUCCAUUUCCCAGGAUACGAAUGUGAGAAAGGGUUUGUGUUGUUCUGAAUAUUCACUUCCCACUGUAUGUCUGCUGACCUUGCCUACCAGGUGCUUGAUACGAAUGUGAGAAAGGGUUCACUUCCCACUGUAUCUUGUUAUGGUCUUGAUACGAAUAUGAGAAAGGGUUUGUGUUGUUCUGAAUAUUCACUUCCCACUGUAUAUCUGCUGACUUUGCCUACCAGGUGCUUGAUACGAAUGUGAGAAAGGGUUUAUGUUGUUCUGAAUAUUCACUUCCCACUGUAUGUCUGCUGACCUUGCCUACCAGGUGCUUGUUAAAAAAUAGUAACUCUGCGUGCGAAUGCCUGAGUUUCGGGGCCGGCCACCCCGUUCUCACGCUCGCACGAACAGACUGGUAUAAAGAGGGGAGAGCGAAAACACCUAGAUGGAGUCUGCUGCGGGUUGUGAUCGAACGCCCAGCCGAUUGAUGCGAACUCUUCCACGGGUGUUGGCUCUCCACCCUGUUGGCGUAGGUAAGAGGCUUUUUCGCUGCAAUCAUAUAUCUUGUGUGUUGAUGCUUAAAUAAAUACGCCCUUGUUUAGGCUAAAAUACCUUGAUGUGUCUGUGUCAUUCUGUGUGCCGA